GCACCGUGUCACACUGCAGCAGUGCGCUGUCUAGCGUCUACCCCAUACACCCGCAAACAUUGCUGUGUUGCCAACGCAGGGCAGGGGGAGAGCUGGAACUACCCGCCGACAGCGAACAGAGGUUUGCGCUUUGACUGGGGAGGGUUGAGGGAAAAAUAGCCGCGGCCGGUUGGUGUGUUUCUGCGAGAUGGCAACGCGAGAUCUCACUCGACGAUUCGCCGAGUUGCGAGUGCUGCAGCAUGGGGUGGAAGGCUCGGCAUCGGAGAUCAAGCGGCCCGGAGAUGCUUUCAGCGAGAGCGGGCUGUUGGAUGACGCGAGCACGGGCACGAGCUGGGCUACGACCCGCCAUCAGCUGCCGCCACUGUGGGUGGACAAGGUCGACGGCGUGGAGGAGGAUGUUCGCCUCAUACAGCUCAAACUGAGGGAGCUUUCGGCUCUUCACACGAAGAGGCUGAUGGUGACGUUCGACGAGAGCGAGGCGGAGAGGGAGAGGGACGUAGAAGAUGCCACACGAGAGGUUACCGCGCUUUUCCGUCGGGCAGAGAGACAACUCAAGCACCUCAUGGGGGAAUCGGCGGGGCUAACGCCGGCGGAGGCGACGGUGCGUAACAACAUUCAGAGGGCCACGGCACGGAAACUCCAAUCCCUCUCGGGAGGGUUCCGAACAAGCCAGAAGGACUACCUUCGACGGUUGCAGGCGCAAAAGAAGGGAGACGGGGCGUUCGACUUCUUGGCAGAGGAAGAGCGCGCCUCCAAGCACGCGAAGGGGCGGCUUGAACCCGGGUUCAACGAGCAGCAGAUGGCGGUGCUCGAAGACACGGAGAUGCUGGUGGGGCAAAGAGACGGCGAGAUCAACAACAUAGUGAAAAGUAUCGAGGACCUAUCGACGAUCUUUAAGGAGCUGGCGGUGUUGGUUAUCGACCAGGGCACUAUCCUCGACCGGAUCGACUUCAACAUGGAACAGGUGGUGGAGCACACUCGCGAGGGGGUCUCCCAGCUGCAAAGAGCCGAGGAACACCAGAAGUCGGCGCUACCGCUCAAGUGCAUCGGCAUUCUCGUUGUCCUCAUCAUCAUCAUGUUGGGUCUCCUCGUGUGGAAACACUCGGACUAGAGUGAGGCGUUAUUCUCCACCCCGGAGAUGGUUAGCUAGUAGCCCCGGAUUCGCAUGCACGUACACUGCGUACCAUUUUUCAGGGUUUUCGCCUUCCAACUGUGCGUCUAGCCAUUCGUGUCAUGCAUGACUGUUCGGCUCCUUCUCUCGGGAAGACAGCUGUGAAUGGCGGCAAGUGUUGUAGUAACAAUAUUUUGUUUCUGCUUGUUUGGUGUUCGCACGGCCGAUGACCGACUGUGCUGAACAGCUGUCGAAAAACUGACGUUCGUAUACGAUGGGGAAUGACUUAUACAUGCGGCGGUCGUAUGAAAUUUGAACCUCUUUGUACGCAUUAUCUGUUGGCAUGUCUAGUCGCCCCUAGUCAUCAACGCUCGUUCUCACGAGCAUGCGAUCGAUACCCGUCAAACAACGGGCGUCUUGUGUAUGUGUUCUACGCGGUCUGAUUCUCGAAACGUAGGAAGGCGUGGAGCAUACCGCAUAUAGUAGUAAAGAGGAAGCAUAUGUGAUAAAGAGCUAGUUGCUCUGUCAGGCGCUCGCCAUUUUGGCGUAGAUCCUUGUGAGACCUUUCUCAGUGGCGUGAUAGUGUAGCGCUACAGUUCUAUCAAGUGUGUGACGUCAUAUCUUUGACCGGCCAUAACUUUUCUCGCAGCGCGAACCCCGCGAAAAACUAUGGCUCAUUCGAACCCCCCUUGCGAGAGCUUUACAGUGGUUUUUUUUUUUUUUUUUUUCGAUGGGCAACGCUUCUUUUUUUUUCAAACCACCCCAAAAAAACGACCCACUUGAUAGAACUGUAUAGUCUAAAUAGUUAGAGGCCUAGGCCUUGCAUCAACCGGUCUCGCCUAGGCGUAUUUGAGACCCUUCCAUGGAGGGUGUACCUUUCUUGCUGUGUUGCGGGUUUCGAAGGCGUAGCAGCGAAGACUGGGAUGUGUGCCGCAAAGAAUGGCAGGUUGUUGCUUCUGUAGGAGGUGACAUGUUUCGCUACACCAAGCUAGAACUUGGGACAGUGGUAGCAGGUUGCGUUGACGAAGGAGAUUUCCACCGGUAAUGUAGAGGGCUGUCGCUUGGCCUGUGUGGUGGCACAGUACACACAAAAAGUGUGUGGGCGCCUCCGUUGACAGACAGGCGUACCUUGGGCCGUGGAUCAGCCCGACUGUAUCUUGGAGGAGAGGGCACAGUACUCAACUCGAAAUAUGUGGAGAAUUGAUCGAUUCGUUCUGGCCAGAAGGUAACGGGGAGAAGUUGUCUCAAGACAAGCAAUGUCGAUCACGCACGCCUUUUUUU